GCCUCGCCUCGCGUUGAAAUUUGAAGUGCUUUACUAACCCGCGAGAUUCACCCGAUUUCCUCAAGAGUUUCGAAUCGCGCCGGCGAGGUCACCGAAUUCAUUCGCAGACAAAUCACCUGCACAGAACAAGAGGCUACUCGGUAGCUCCAGCCGCCACCAUGGCGUCCAACAAGCAGGGAAAGAUGGUCGGCUACAUCAAUUAUCGUAUGCGCGUCACCCUCAACGACGGUCGCCAGAUGACUGGACAGAUGCUUGCGUUCGACAAGCACAUGAACCUAGUCUUGGCCGACACCGAGGAGUUUCGCCGCGUCCGCCGCAAGCAAGCCAAGUCGAACGCUCCUGGAGCUUCGGGAGUUCAGGUCAUCGAGCAGGAGGACAAGCGCACCCUUGGUCUGACCAUCGUCCGCGGCGCACACAUUGUGUCGCUCUCUGUCGAGUCGCCUCCCCCCGCCGAACCCAGCGCACGUCUCGGCAAGACCACCAGCGCAGGCAUUGCUUCGACCCUCACCGCCGGACCUGGCGUUGCCCGCCCUGCUGGUCGCGGCGCACCUGCCCCGAUCUCGUCGCUUGCUGGCCCCGCCGCUGGUGUCGGAGGCGUUGCACCUCCCUCACAGUUCCCAGGAUUCCCUCCACGUCUCCCUCCCGGCUACCCCGCGCCUCCUGGAUUCCCUGGAUCCGCUGGAUGUAAGACAUUCCCUUCCCAAUCUUCCUCCUCCUCUGCCCUAUCCUUUAAACCACAUAUAUCCAAGCCUCCAUUGACGUAAUAACCAGCUGCCCCUCCUGGUUUCUCGGGCGGAUUUCCACCUGCUCCGGGCUUUGGCCCACCUGGGUUCGCCGGACCUCCUCCUGGCUUCAACCCUUCUCGGCGUUAAGGGAUACUGUGUUUGGGCUUCAUGAUGGGCUAUAGGGCUUUCUGAGACGUUCGAUACCGUGUCUACUAUGGUCAACUCUUUAUGAUUGCUCUGGACGCUCUGCCUAGGUUUAUGAGGUGGGAUUUUUCGGCGGCGUUCUGGGGUCAACGAAAAAUGUGCUUUAGAAGUGGAAUGGGAGACUGUAUUUCGACACAGAUCAGAAAGCACGGCGAUCUUAGAGCAUCAGGAAACAAGCUUUGAUUGCUGCGGGGCAUUGCUACUGUGAAUAAACUCCACAUUGCUUUUCA